AUGGAAUCUUUUAUGAAUUCCGGCUCGAGGAUGCGAGCCAUUUGGCUGUGUGGUGCCCUUUCGGUCAUUGUUGCAGUUCGUAUCCUACUAGCCCGACUUCGAAUAUCUCGUAGGCGGCGAGUGCUAGUUGCUACAGCGGGCUGCAAGCUACCGCCUUCAUACCCACACAGAGACCCCUUUGGCUUUGAUAUGGUCACAGAAAGCAUCGACGCGUUCAAAUCGAAGACAUUCCUUGCCCGCCAGUGCUUGCAAUAUGAGGUGCACGGGACAACCUUCUCCUCGCGCUACUUGCACCAGACCAUUAUCAAUACCAUCGACCCUGAGAACAUACAAAGUGUAUUAUCCACGGACUUCGACAACUACGGCAUAGGAUGGCGGCGCAAGGAUGCAUUCGAGCCACUACUAGGGAAAAGUCUCUUUCAACUAGAUGGACAUGCGUGGGCUGCGUCUCGAGCGCUCUUGCGGCCAGCUUUUGGCAAAACCCAGGUGAACAAUCUGAACAUGUUUGAGACGCAUGUCAAGCAUCUGGUGGAAGCAAUAAAAACGAGAACCAUGGAAACAGGCCAGGCAGACCUUGCACCGCUCUUCGUUUGUUUGUCUGCAGACUUGACCACAGAGUUCAUCCACGGCAAAUCCCUUGGAUCUUUAAAGAACGAGAGUGACGAGAACGACAAGAAUUUCUUCGAGGCAAUCAAAAAGGCCGGGAAGGCGUGCGAGGAACGAUGGCAGCUAGGCCUACUAGGCAAAUUCUUUCCUCAGCGCGAAUUUUAUUCCAACGUCAAGAAAGUAAACACGUAUAUGGAUCAACUUAUCGACAACGCCCUGGAAGACGAGUCUGCGCGGAAAGAAGGCUCACGGUACGAUUUCCUUGCCAACCUCUCACGAGUCACCACGGACAAGAAAGUUUUGCAGGACGAGAUGUGCAUGCUGUUCAUUGCUGGAACAGACGCUCUGUCGUCUAUGCUGACGAACCUGUUCUUCCUAAUCGGAAGAUCCCCAGAUAUCUGGAGCAAGCUGCGGAAAGAAGUCGAAUUCUUGGAAGGCCGACCGCCGACCAUAAAAGAGCUGAAAGGGCUUAAGUAUCUCCAGUCUUGCCUGAAUGAAUCGUUGCGGUUACUUCCUGUUUUACCCAACGAUUCUCGUAUUGCCAACGAAGAUACCACCCUUCCUGUUGGAGGUGGGGCAGACGGUAAAUCGCCAGUGUUUGUCCCAUCCGGUGCUAUGGUCACAUUCAGCAUCAUGGCGCUCCAGCGCCGAAAGGACCUCUGGGGUGCGGAUGCUGAGGAUUUCCGACCUGAGCGGUGGGAGAAAGAAGAGGAGAAGGCCUCCUGGAAAUUCGUCCCAUUCCUUAAGGGUCCUCGAAUUUGUCUUGGGCACGAGCUUGCAAUAAAUGAGGCGGGCUACGUGCUGGCUAGAAUGGCGCAGGAAUUCGAGAAGCUGAGUAGGGUUGAUGAUGAUCCAUGGGUGGAGAGUGUUUCCAUCGGGACGACCUCAGCAAACGGAGCGAAGGUGGUUGCGGUGUUCUGA